CGACUAUAUAUGCGCAAGCGCAACAUAGCGCCGACCUUUUUUUCCUGGCAUAGAUUCAGCCAUGGCGGUCGGCAAGAACAAGCGCCUCACGAAGGGCAAGAAGGGAGCAAAGAAGAAGAUUGUUGAUCCCUUUACCAAGAAAGAAUGGUAUGAUGUCAAAGCUCCCUCGAUGUUCGAGAAGCGAAACAUUGGCAAGACCAUGGUCACCCGUACCCAGGGUACAAAGAUCGCAUCUGAUGGUCUGAAGGGUCGUGUAUACGAUGUAUCGCUUGCUGACUUGCAAGGUGGAGAGGAGGUUGCUUUCAGAAAGUUCUCUCUUAUCUGCGAGGAUGUCCGUGGCAAACACUGCCUCACUAACUUCCACGGCAUGAACAUGACCACUGACAAGCUCCGCUCGUUGGUCAAGAAAUGGCAGACCAUGAUUGAGGCUUACGUUGAUGUCAAGACCACCGACGAGUACACCCUCCGUCUCUUCUGCAUUGGUUUCACCGCCAAGUCCCACCCGAAGACCCAGGUGCGCAAGACCAACUAUGCCCAGUCUUCCCAGGUCCGUGCCAUCCGUCGCAAGAUGGUUGACAUCAUGACCAAGGAAGUCCAGCAGGCUGACCUUAAGGAUGUUGUUAACAAGCUCAUCCCCGACUCUUUCGGCCGUGACAUUGAGAAGGCAUGCCAGUCUAUCUACCCCCUUCACAACGUCUUCAUCCGCAAGGUCAAGGUUCUGAAGAAGCCCCGCUUUGAUGUAAACCGCCUUAUGGAACUCCAUGGCGAGUCUGCAACCACCGGUGGUGACUCUGGUGCUGCCGUCGACCGCGACAACUACGAGCCCCCCGUACAAGCUGAAGUAUGAGGCAACCACUUGUUUUAUCCAAUAAAAUCUGAUGCUCCAGGACAA